AUUAGCUGAGCUCUUCUCCGGAGUGCUAUUACCUAUCUUGUGUAGAUAAGGAGGACAGAAGCAGGGACUGGACUGAGCCCUGAAGAGAAGAUGGCUACCUCCUUGAAGCAGAAGGACUUGGAAUGGGAGAUUUCAGAGAAGACCAAGAAGUUUAUGAUGGAACUCCAAGUAACUGGUCAGGUGUCAGCAGAUAAUAUCUUCCAAACCCUCAAGCUGCUGGAAAUCAGAAUCCUGAAUAACAAACUAGCACUUCCCUUCUGCCAGAAGGUGCUAGACAUCGUCGUGGACUACUUGAGGACCACAAGGCCACAGGAGGAACUGGAGGAGCUAUGCACUACUGUCCUGAUUGCCGCGGGGAAGCACUCGCCCAGCAUGGUCAUCGAGAAGCUCUGGGACAGGUGGUUCCUGCGCACACUGCCACCCAAGAGCCUCCUGGUUGCGGUGGGGCAACUCAUCAUGUGUCAGGGCACAGCACACUACAUUGGCACCACGUGGGAACACAUCCUGCGACUGGUGAGGAUGGCCCAGGAUGAGGAGGACAUGCUGGCCAUCUGUCACGCACUCAGUGGCCUGGCCAUCAGCACUCGUAAACACCUGGAUCUGGGGGCGAAGGAUGACGAGGUGAUGGAUAUCACACAGGAGGCCCUGUCCAUCAAGGCCUAUCACACCCUCCGGCUGCUCUUUAACCGCUGGUCCCUGCAGAGCAGCAGCAAGGUGACUGAGCCAGCUCUGGUGGUCAUCGGGCACCUCUUCUUUAUCAUGCCUCCAUCCAAGCUCAAGAACCACGUGAACCGUCUGACACGGUGGUUGAUGACCCUGAUAUCCACAAAGGUGGCCCCAUACUACAUCUCCCAGUGCAUCUGCCAGCUGGUGGACGCGCUGGCGCUCAGUGGCUAUGGCGGCAUCAACUUGGAGUCACAGCUGGAGAACUUCAUGUGUAUGCUGUUCCGGCAGAUGAAUGAGAAGGUCAUAAGCUCGGACCACCUUUCUGUGCAAAACCACAACCUGGCUCAGCGUGCUCUCUACACCCUCACCAAGCUCUACAAUGAUCAGGUGGUGCUCCUUAUACGCAAGACCAUGGAGUCCAAGGAUCCGAACAUGGUCAUCUCAGCCCUGCAACUCUUCAUGGAUGUCUUCCAGGAUGUGCCCCAGACAGAGAAACUGAGGUCUGAGGUGAUGCAGUCCACCCUUGCCCUGAUCCAGGAGGACCUCAAACCUGUGCGGAAAGCCCUCCUGCUCUUCAUUGAGGUGCUGGGUUAUCAUGGCUACUUGGCCAUGCCGCAGGAGAGUGACAUCAUCAGCUACCUCAUCAAGCUCAGCCAGACACACCACUCGAAUGAAGAGGACAUCCAGCUACUGUGCUCCAAGCUCCUGCACAUGGUGUCCCUGCCCAAGCUCAUCACCCUGGCGUGUGAGGCCAGCAACAUGUCGGCCCUCGUGCCCCUGAGCAGGACCAUAGAGGAGAUCACUCUGAAGGCCCAGAUCCAGGGCCAGGCUCCCUACCUCAGUGGCUUCCACCUCAGCCCCACCCAGUUCAUCUCCCCACAGAAACUCCUGAUCCAUCUUGUGGUGGUAUCCUUGAAGCCCUACAGAGAAAAAGACUUUGGUGUGAGCUCCCUGAAGCUCCUGUGGGCGCUGCACCCUCUCACUUCCCUGCACCCUGUAAUCAACUCCAGUGUGGGCCAACUGUGGUUGAGGGAGGUCCCUCUGCUGCUGCAGAUCCUGGAUGAACACAAUGAGAGGAACCUGGAUCUGAAGGCUUGGGAGGACAGGUUGCUGAAGUUCUCCAGCCAGUCACUGAUGGCCAUCAGUGACAAUGACUGGCUGGAGCAGCUCCUCAGCGUUGUGCUGGAGAAGAUCAGUCACUUCAAUGAGGAGACACAUCACCCCAGCGAUGAGAAGGCUUUCUUAUACAGAUUCUUUGGUUUCACACUGAGGACCUCACGGAACAUGAAGCUGGUGGAGACCAUGCUCUCUGCCAUCCUCCACACCGCCCAUGAGGAGCAGCCAGAGAUGGAGGGCAUUGCCGCGGCGCUCAGCAUCGUGUCCAUGAGGCACCUGCACACGGUGCUGGACCAGCUGAGGGUCUACAGCACUCUGCUCACGGACAAGGACUCUUCGUCCAUCCUCAGGAUGCCCAAGGAGCAGCAGCAGAGGGAGUGGGGGCUGGUCUGCCACACCGUCUACUUAAGCUACGGCAAGAUCAUCUUGGAGAGUCAGGGCGCUAUCUACAAGCAUCUCGAUGCCAUCCUGACCUUGGUGCUGCACCACUACUACAGCUGCAUUGUGGAGAAGGACAAGAGCCUGAAGCUGGAGUACCUGAGUGCCCUGACCAAGCUCACCAACAUCCUGAGCAACCAGCCCAUGGCCUUUCAGUUUGAGUUCCCCCACAAACUGGACAUUGUGGUCUUCAUGGUGGGUCUAAUUCGGGAGGAGCCCCUGAACGCCAUUUCCAGCCCGAUUCGGCAGAAGGCCAUGCACAUCCUCACAGACUUCAGGAAGCUCAGGCCGCUCUUAGAGAUGGAAGAAAAGACAGAGCUGCUUCGCACCUGCAUCAAGAGUGUGCUCAGCCUCCCGCCCACCGACAGCAUGCUGAAGGAGGGUGCCAGCGCCAAGGAGAACCAGGCUAAUGUGGACCUGUUUCGGGAGACCCUGCAGACCCUGCGGAGGCUGAUCGAGGCAUUGGUCGCUGAGAUGCCAUCUCGGAUCCAGCACUACCUGGAGCUCCUGGACCCCUGGCUGAACUCUCAGAAGGACAAUGAGCGGGAGCGGGCCAUGUGGUGCACAGCUCGCAUCCUCGGCUUUACUGCAAAAAUGAACACCUUCGGAACAGAGAUCGAGUUCACCCGGCUGGGACGGUUGGUGAGGCUGCUGGCCAUUCGCUGCCAGGACCCCGUGGACAACAUCUGUUUCUUGUCCUCCCAGGCCGUGUACAACCUCUACUGCAUUCUGCUCCUGCAAAAGCAGCUGGGAAGGAAGAAGCAGGGCCAGUGGGAAGAAGAGGGCCAGGGUCAGGUCUACAGCGCCCACGUGUUCUACAACAACACUUUCAAGAUCGCCAAGGCAUUUGCAGAGUACUUUACUCAGUACCAGCUCACCAACCUGGUGCUGACAGCCAUCGAGGGCCUGACCGACACCAGGGCCAAGGUGUCCCUGGCUGCAGCCCAGCUCAUGAGUGCCGUCAUGAAGGAGCGGGGCCGGGACAUGCUGAAGAUUGAGGAAGUUGUGGAGGGUAUCCUUGAGCGCCUCAACGCACAGCUGGAGCCCAGCACGAAGGAGGAGGUCCUGCGGGCACUCUGUGCACUGGCGGGCAAUAAUGCCCAUGUUGUGGUGCCCAUGCUACUCAACAAGCCGCUGCCCUGGAACAGGACCAGCCUUACUGCGUGGAGGAUGUUUGGCACACAUACCAAGACUACCCUCAACAUCUUGCAGCUGCUCAUCGGAAUCCUGGAAAAGCUGCCUCCCAAGGAGGACACCAGGGAGAUGGCCUUCCAGCCCGUGGCGGUGACCUGUGCCCUGUGUGAGAUGUUGUCGGGGUGCCCGUGCCAGGGUGCUGUGCAGGAGCUCUACCCCCGCCUAUUGCUGGCCGCACUCUGCCACCUCUACUGGGUGAUCGAACAGAGUGCCCCCCAGAAGAUGGUGGUGUACAGCAAGGAGGGGGAACAGGGCAGUAAGAACAAGCCCUUUGACCCCACAAGCUGUGCCCUGGAGGUGGUGAAAUUGGUGAUCUUGGCAGCCAACUAUGAGGGCGUGGUGACUUAUGCCAACCAGCACCACUGCUGGGAGCUCCUGUCCUCCCCUCAGUGCUACUACAUGGGGAUCAUGAACUUGGCCAGUGGCAUUGUGAAGAACUGCAAGCCUUCCAUUCUGCACCGCAUCCUGAACCUGGUCAGGAACCUCCUCAACAGCCCAGAUGAGCGGCAGAAGACCCUAGCCAGGACCUUCUAUGCACAGCUCCUCUGGCACCGCUCGGUAGCUGAGACCCUGGGGCAGGACUUUUUGGGCAAUCUGGUCAAGUGGAUCAAGGAACCCAAUUUCAUCAUGAAGGAAUUGGGACUCCGGGGAAUCAGCAACCUGGCCCUGCACCCAGGACAGCCCGAGGUUCUGAAGAGCCAGGUGCCACUGCUGCGGGACUGCUUGAAGGCCGAGGCGCGCGUGACACUGCAGGCAGUGAAGGGCCUGCGCAACAUCAUCUGCCACAGCAAGGGCGAGGACACCAAGGGGGUCUUCAGCAGCGUGGCCCGCCAUCUGCGCCCACUUAUCAAUGACGAGCGGGAUCAGGUGAGGAUCACCACCACUUGUGCUCUGGGACACAUGCUGCGGCAAGUGGACAGAUUCAAGCCUGGCACCGUGAUCCGCAAGGAGAUCUAUACCUUCCUGGUCCCAUUGCUGCUCAGUAUCCAGGACAACAACAAGGAGGUGGUCAAGGCCUGUGGGGGGGCGCUGACAGAGUGGACUAACGUGAUUGGUUGGUCGUCACUCACAGAGACCUUCCGCCACACUACACUGAGCGACCACAUCCAGGUGCUGGAGGAGACCUGCAAGUACUUGGUGGGCACAGGAAAGAUGCAGCUGGUGGGGGAGAUGCUGACCCAGAGCUUUGGUUUCUUGAAGAACCCCCAGUCUUUCCUCAGGGCUGCUGCCAUCAACUUCAUCGGGUUCACAGCUAAGACGGUGAGCUUGCAUCAGAUCCAUGAGGCUGACUUGCAAGUGAUACAAAAUGCUCUGGAGAGUGUGGAGAGAGACCCUGUGGAUGGCAUCCAGUCGCUGGUGAGCGUGGUGCUGAAGCAGAUGGACGAGAGCGUGAGCCCAGUGGCGGCCCCAGCGCGCAGCAGCAUCCUGAACUAUGGCUUCAAGCUGUCCGCGCCCAAGAGGCGCAAGCGGCUGUUCAAGGGGGGGCAGCUGGAGCGGGAGGCAGGGGCAGUGGCCACGGCGCAGAAGCUCUGGGGGCGUCUCCGGAUGCUGCAGACUAUGUGCUGCCGCACAAGAGCCCGGGUGGACGGUGCCCCGAUGCUUCUGCCUCCCCUGCAAGACGCCGCGCCUGAGAUGCGUCUCGGGGCGCCCCAGCCAGUCUGAACCCAGUGGGAGCAGUGCCUUCAGGGGACUUCGGCCCUGCACUGGUGGCGGGCUGGGGGUAGGGUGGGGGUGGGUGGGUGGUCUUGCCCGCUGGGGGACCCAACUUGCUGGGAGAAAUCCCGCUCAUGUUCUUUCCCUGCUGGGGCCUUGGUUCUCAGCAUACAUCCCGGCCAAUAAAACAUAUUUUCCUUUCCUUUUCCUUC